ACACCUACAUAGCAAGACCAACAACAGUAUACAUCACCAUGGAUAACGAGACAAUUGCAAAUAUUGAUAGCUCUCUGGAGUCACUAGACUCCGAAAUCUCCAAAAUUCGAAAAACAAUCAAGAACUUUCAAGAUACGCGACGCUUAUUGUCCGCUAGCUUACUAUCAUCCCACUAUGUUCGUCAAGAAAUUGAGCAAAACACUAGAACUGGGAGCGGCACGACAACGAGGUUCGCGCUAAAGGAAGUUGCAACCUUGAUGAGCGACGCCCUUAAACACCGCGAUACGAACUAUCAUCGGCUAGCUUUUUCGACAACGCUAUUCCCCUGGAAAGAUCCAAACCCGUACAGCGAAUCGCCGAACCUUCUAGGUUUGAGGAUCGAUGUAUGCGUGCGCAAUGGCACAUUUGCAAAACCUUACUAUGUUCUCCUCCAGCGUCAAAAGGAAAGCGGCAACGCAUUGUCAUCAACACUACAACGUGAAAAACGGUCGUCAAUGUCAUUGUCUAUAUACCGACAUACCAUUCCGCCUUUCAUACCUAUGGACAAAUUAGCGCAUCGAUAUCUGCCCCAAUCUCGACUCUCCAGAAGACAAGGCGAAGACGCAGACGAAGUCGAAGGAUUGAAAAGCAAAGCAAAGACGAGGAAACAAGAUAUAAAUGCAUUUGCGCGACAUUUGCGGAAAGAGUUAGCGGCGUGGUAUGCCCGACGGGAUUCUAUUUCAUGGCUUCAGGAACGAUUCGGCGUUACAGACGUGAGCCAUGGAACAGAUGGUAAUAGCGGUUUGACUGAGGAUGAUAGACAUCGGACAACCCAAGCUGGAGGUCUUGUGUCACUCGCUGCUACGUCUCUUGAAGCUCGAUAUGUGAGAAUAGAGUGGAAGGACGGAAGAGUUGGCCGAUUCAAGCUCUCAAACUCAGGGCUUGUGGAGCGUGCAGUUGUCAUUGGUGAAAGGGGCCGAGAUAAACAAACAGAGUUAGUCUUAAUGGGUGGCGAUAAACGAGUGGAGUCUCUAGUUACUCGACUGCUCACUGUCUGAUUAACAGUAUGGUCGCCUAAGAUUCUAUGCAGCGUGUAAAGGACUAAAGUCAAAUCUACAUCUAUGUAAUUCACAAUCAUUAUGCUGCAUAUGUAG